CGAGAGUCACAGGCAUCACCACCUGGCAAGUAUGCGAACUGUGAAGGCCCUCGUGUGGUUUGCGGUCUUGUCUCUGAUCCACGUUAAAGUCCAGACCCUUACGGGGGAGCUGCCACGGAGUACUGCAGCGUCCAUAACGUUUCUGUUAAAACCCUGGCAGGAUGAGGGAGACAGAUUCGCACUUACCAGAAUCCACGCGAGAGAAGAUGAACCCUCUCUCGCCAGAUCAGCGAACCUUACCCUGGGGUUGAGGCGACCUUGGCGCCAUCUCUCAGGACCUACCCGGGGCUUCCUAUUAAGGGGCAGGAGAAUGAAGCUACUGUUGACAGAUAUUAACGUUUCAAAGUCUCAGAGCUCAGUCUCGCCCUUAAGAUCGACCGGAGACACCAUGAUGCAGGUGGUGCGACAGUACCUCAGGCAGUGCCUGCUGGUAUUGCGUUUUGUCGGUAAUAACGACCAGGGCCUGAAGACGGUUCUGAGGAAGAUGGGUGAGGCGAUGGUGCCCACCUUCGUCCUGGAGUCACCAGCUGAUCAGGAUAAUAUAACAGAUGACGAGGGAGGGAGCAGCAGCGUGAGGGUGGUGAGUGGGUGUGCUGCUCAUAUACUGCUGCUGGACCCUGGGGCAGACGGGGCUGAGGGCGGGGCAGACGGGGCCGGGGGUAUGUUAGAUUCACUCCUCCAGCAGGACGCCCCAGUCACUGCCCCUCGCAACUACCUUUUCAUCCUCGCUCCUUACAUGAGGAAUGAAGAUGAUUACACCAAGACCCUCCUGUUGCACCCUCGUCUACCCCGCCACAUGGACACCUUCCUUCUGCAGCCUCCUGACUCACAGCACCCAGGUGUUUCAGAUAAUGUGGUGGUGUACGGGCGGUGUCUCCACUGUGAGGGCGGGACAGAGGGUGUGAGGGUGGUGGCCAGGUGGGCGGUGGGCGGCCUUACACACAUCAGUCCCAUGUUCCAAGAUCAUAUCAGGGACUUUCACGGCCACGUUUUUCACACCGUCACGAUGGACUUCGCCCCCUUCAUCGACUACACCAGGACGCAGGACGACCCCGGAGGCCUCACCACGCCCACGGACUCCAUGGAUGUCCGUAUCCUGAAGGAGGCAGCGCGGGCUCUCAACUUCUCCUUCAUCUUGAGGGAGCCUUCUGAUGGGCAGUGGGGGUACCUGCUGGAGAACGGCUCGUGGACAGGUACGGUGGGUACAGUACAACGGGGUGAGGCGGACUUCUCCAUGAUGCUCUCAAUCACCUGGGAGAGGACCUACGCCGUCAGCUUCACUCGCGCCUACUACGUUGAACCCAUGACCUUCGUGACGAGGAAGCCCGGGCCUUUACCUCAGUGGCAGGCGCCCAUCAAACCCUUCCAUUGGGUCGUGUGGCUGCUGCUGGUGGCGAGUGUCACGAUGGCCGGCCCUGCCCUCUGGGUCCUCCUCCGUCUUUCCCCCUCCUCCUCCUCCUCUUCCUCACACUCACAGCGAGGAAGCUGGGAGGGAGGACAGGAAGGAGGAAAAGAUGAUGGGUCCGUAAGUGGUAAAGAUGGGAUGAAGAAGGAGGAAGAGGAAGCGGGAGGAGAAACGAUGUGGAAUUUGAACUUCGGGGAAAUGUUUUUUUACAUGUUGGCUCCCAUCUUCGCUGAGCCCGUGCGGCUGUUGCCCAGGUCGUCGAGCAGCCGGGUGCUGUGUGGGUUGUGGUGGCUCUUCUGUAUCCUCACCACCACUCUUUAUCGGGGCAGCCUCAUUGCCCGCCUUACCUUCCCCACCAGGAGUCCCUCACUCAACACCCUCGACCAACUCGCCUCCAGCGACCUCGAGUGGGGAAUGCUCGACACUUACGGCUCCGGUUACCAGCUCUUCAAGUCCUCCACGGUGCCGGUGUACCAAACACUGUUCCAGAAGAUGCAGUACCACAAUAUGAGAUACUCCAUGGAGCGCGUCCUGGGAGGUAACUACGCCUUUAUAUCAUGGAAGACUUACUUCAGGAACCUCAUCGCCCGAGAUUACACCGACAGGAACGGCGCCACAUUGGUGCACAUCGCCCGCGAGGAUUUCUUCCCAGGGGGCUUCGGGUGGGCGUUCCCGAAAGACUCGCCUUACUUGGUCACCUUCGACGAGGUGUUUCAGCGAAUGAUAGAAUCUGGGCUUAUUCAAAAGUGGAUGACGGACCUCAUCCAGCUGUCGGCCAGAGAGAACCGGGAGGACUUAGAGCUGCUGGAGCCGGAAGUAAAGGGUCCUCAAGCCUUCACGAUCUACCACCUGCAGGGAAUAUUCUUCAUAAUGAUGGGAGGCUUCCUGCUGACGCUGCUUGCCUUCCUGGGAGAGACACUAAAAGCGUUUCUCUCUCCCCGCACGAUGCUUUAAAGUCCUCCUCGACCGCCUCCAUUACACUCAGGAGGCUGACGGAAAACUACUGUCAUGGACGGAUUCACAUGUAUGCGUUUUGAAUUUGUCAAGUUGAUGUCGAGUAUUGUAUACCGGUACUUGUUUCUGUGUAACCAGUCAGAUUCUGACCUCCACAAAUUUCAAUGUAACUUGCACACGCUAGUCAAACGUAGUAUGUGACUUAAUGUCUAUUGUAAACUACAAAAUAGUUGUAAGCUCUUACCCAAACUGGUAAUUUCUCUUAAAUUUGUCUGCAUU